AUGCCAAGAAACUACAAGAGGAAAAACUGGGGCUCACCACCCCUUGAAGAGAUGGAGAGAGCAGCCAUUGAUGUCAAGGGUGAAAAAUCCAUCAGAUCAGUGGCAAAAGACAGGACUAUUGACAGGUCAACACUGCGGAGAUACAUAAAAAAGAAGGAGGCAAAGGACGUAAAAACAGUAGGGUACAGUGGAACAGCAGAAGCAAAGAGGGUUUUCACAAAGGAGCUAGAGAAGGAGCUUGCAUACCACAUCAAGAAGCUGGCUGAACAGUUCCAUGGCCUUACUCCAAAGAAAUGCUGUGAACUGGCAUUGGAGUUUGCAGAAAGAAACAUUCCUGUCCCCAACAACUGGAAAGAGAAGGGUUUAGCAGGUCGAGAUUGGUUCAAGAAUUUUAUGGCACGCCACAAUCUCUCCUGCCGUCCACAGGGAUUUUCAGACUUUGAGCCAACCAUGGUGUCAGACAGACCCAACCCUGAGCCCAUGGCUUCAACCUCUAUCUCUGCUGAGCUGCCUUCACCAUAG